AUGGGAUGCAUUCUCUUCUGCCUUCCCGGCAUCUACUUAGCACUCACCGGCCUUGGCGCCGGUGGUGGACAGCCAUCGUCCCAGAAAGUCGCAUCUUUGACCAACUCCAUUCUCUACGGCGUGUACACCGUUGCUGGCUGGUGUGGCGGAACAGCUCUCAAUUUCUUUCGCCCUAAGUGGACUAUUGCCUUUGGUGCCCUUGGUUAUCCCUUCUACGUAGGAUCACUCUGGUAUUACGACCGCACUGGUCACCAGGCUUUCCCACUUUUUGCUGGUGCGUUCCUCGGUUUGACGGCUGCUAUGCUCUGGACGGCUUCUGGAUUCAUUCAAUUUGCAUAUGCUGAGGAGAAAGAUAAGGCCAAAUAUAUAACGUAUCAAUGGGUCCUUACUUCUGCUGGAAGCACCGUCGGUGCUCUCAUUGCUUUUGGCGCCAAUCACGACAAGGAAGAGGCGACAGGUGUCUCCACUCCAGUCUAUGUUGUCUUUAUUGUAAUCAUGUGCUGUGCCAUUGUCAUGAACUUCUUACUGAUUGUAGAUCCGCGAGAAGUCGUCCGUGAUGAUGGACGCCAUAUAGCAAUCUUCAAGGAGCCCAACUUCAUUGGAGAAGUCAAGGGAAUCAUUUCUGUUUUGACCGACCCGAAGAUUGUCAUACUUAUACCAGCUAUGUUCGUUGGGGAAAUGAACAUGGCAGUCAUAAGCAGCAUAAAUGGAUUCUAUUUCAACCUUCGCACUCGGUCACUGAACAACUUGUUGUUCCAGGUUAUUAUGAUUCCCGCGCCUCUUUGUCUUGCCCUGAUUAUGGAUAAUCCUCGUAUUUUAUCCCGAAGAAAGAAAGGCCUGAUUGGCACGACGAUUGUAGGGAUUAUUAGCAUUGCGACAUUGGCUGGUCUCUUAGGCUGGGUGAUUCACAAUGAUGUGGAUCGCAACAAGACGCCACCGGCCGUGGAUUGGACGGACUCGGCCUUCGCCGCGGGCUUUAUCCUCUAUCUCCUCAAUGGUAUUAUCUACGCCUGCUACCAGAUUGUCGUGCAGUGGACCCUAGGCUCUUUGAGUAACGACCCCGCACUCUGCGCUCGAUACGCCGGAGCUUUCAAAGGAACAGUCAGCUUGGGCAUGUGUAUCUCAUUUACUGUUGACAGCCAGAAUGUCAGCUAUCGCAAUCAGGUUAUCUAUGAGUUGGUUCUCUACACUUUUGGAUUGAUAUGCCUUUACUGGGUCAUUGGUUACCAUGUUAAGGAGACCAACUACUUCUUGGAGGACUCUGUUAUUGUCCCGGAAAGUUUUGAGAAGAAGGCCGUGACAAUGGGUGUGGUGACUGACAAUAUUAUCACACGAGAGCAUCAAAAGGAACUCGAGGCGGAGAGAAAACAGUUAGGCACUACAGAUUCUGGGCCUUUGGAGUAG